AUUAUAAUUGGUUCGCUCUGAUGACCUUGGAGGGUACUCCCGGUUUCGUUUGCCUACUGACUGUGAAGAUAUUUCUCCUUAAUUUAUAUGUUUGGCUUCCAAAACUGCUUGUCAUCAUGGUCUUUGAACUGACGUGUUAUUUGUUACUCCCAAAGAAGCAGAAGAUCUAUUGGAAUAACCUUAAAUCUUACUAGACUGUCGUUACGUUACAGCAAACAUUUCAAGUGACCUGUUCUUUUCACUCAAAUCUAGACAUAGUCUGCGUGACUCUAUCUUGCCAAAGUGAUUUUCGGGGUUAAUUUUAUCUGGGGUUUUCUCUAAAGAAGUUCAAAUCUUUAAUUCUUUCUAUUUCACGACCGAUAAAUGGUGUUAUAUGUUGCGCAAAUUCUCCCUACAUGAGGAAUUAAAAAUCAGAUACUUCUUGGGAAUAUGGCCAAUGAAAUCUCUGGAGCUCAGUCAUUAGACGAUUAUCACGUGUCUUUCGAUUCAUUUCAUUCAGGUGAGACUCCCAAAACAGCAUCUGACGCUACAAAGUUUUUUCUUAUUGAUGCAAAUGAAGUUUUAAAUACUCCCACUGCAAUAUCCAAGACCUCAAGUUCAGGGGGGUUGUUUUUUGCCGAUGAUUUUCAUAAACGUCUACCUGUCCUCAACUCACUUCAAAAUGACCACCAUUCUUCAGUAGCAGUAGAAUGCGAACAUCCUAAUACAACAGAUAAUACCGAGAAACCUGGUGUUCUACAUGGAAAUCCUGAGAUUUUACAAACAGAAAACUUGUUCAUACCUCAAUUUGGAUUAAAUCAACGAUCUGAAGUUAACACAUCAACUGGAUCGUCUGUGUUAUAUUUAAACCAUCUUUCUCCUGACAGUACAACAGCAAAAAUCGAUUCUGUGCCUGUUUCAUUGAAAUUGGAAUCAGGUGAUACGACAGCAUCUUUUCAGUCGGUUAUUACUAAAGGUGAUAAUAAUGCUACAGUUGGACUGAAUGAUUUGCCACUCUUAACUAAUGCAUUAUCAAAUCUUGAAAGCACAUGCAUCACUGUUGACCAGACGGCUGUUUCACAUUCGACCUACCUGGCCAAUAGAUCUACUGCUACAACCGCCAGUCUACCGACGAUAUCUAGUGCUGUUGUUCUUAGUAAUGUUGGUCUUACACAAAAUCCUUGUUUAUCUGUUUCGGCAGACACUAAUCCGGUUCCGGGAAUAGCUUUUUCAACUAGGAAUCAGCCUCCUUACAUACCAGCCCCACUUGUUCUUGGAAACGGCCUAACACUAACCACAUUGUUGACUGCUGAGAACAGCAGUGGUAUUAUAACUCCUACAACUCCAAACACUGCUUUCUUACCACUUCUGGCAUCCCCUGGUCCCGGAGGUUUUUAUACACCUGGGGUGUUAACUGGCCUAGGUAAUCCGACAGGUACUUUUUCAUUUCUAUCCCCCGUUUCUAACUUAUUGGCAAGUAGUAAUGUGGAAGCAACUAAUAUUUCCAUCGGUUCGAGUUUCGCACAGACUUCUAUUACAGCGGAUACUAUGGUCAAGCAAGAACAUAUGUGCUUCACUGACACAGUAACAGUUGAUAGUGGUCUGAUUAAUACAACACAUAAAUCUGUUAUAAAUAAUCCUCCUGAGUGUGCACCUGAUACAACGGUUGUCACUGAAGAUGACGUUGGUAAUAGUGAGUAUUUAUCUAAAUCCACUCUGAAAGGAACUGGUGUCUCAAGGAGGCGCAAAUCGACAACUCGUAAUAAGAGUCGAAUAGUUAGAGGAGAAUAUGGAGUUCAUUCUGAAAUAGAAAUCCAGGCAGGAAUAACAUCUAGUAUACCUGAAAGAAUAUCAGAAAAACCUCACAAAUGCACUUCAUGUAACAAAUGCUUCUCACGAUCCGAUGAACUUACAAGACAUGCAAGAAUUCACACUGGUGCGAAACCUUUUAAGUGUGCUGAAUGUCAAAGGGAAUUUUCGCGUUCAGAUCAUCUAACUACACACAUGAGAACGCACACUGGUGAACGACCAUUUGUUUGCGAUAUAUGUGGUCGCAGUUUUGCUCGUUCUGAUGAACGUAAGCGUCAUACAAAAGUGCAUCAAAAGAGUAAUCAAAAACUUUCUAACUGUGACUUGAAAGUGAAUGUAACUAAAAGUCCAAUAACUUCAACAUCUGAUUCUAAGACAAUCUGUGGUGAGAAACGUAGCGUCCCACAAGCGACAAAGUGUUACGACACAGCUAAACAUCCUCGUAAACUGAAAAUAGAAGAUCUGGCGGAUAGCUCUACUUUUCAGUCUAAUCCUCUAAGUGUGGAAAAAGUAAGUUUACUUAACGAUGGAAUCAGUGUUAAUCAACCUGUCCCAGAACAAAGAUUACUUCUCGCUACUUGUGAUUCUCAUCCCGGGCAGCUUACUUUACAUGCUUUCCCUAGUGCUACAGGUCUAGGUGGUUCCAGUGUCAUAUCACCCCACUCGCAAUUAGUCUUUGCAGCAUUGCCCUCUAUGUCACUCUCUGCAGUUCCUAUUUUGAGUCAAGUUAACACUGAGAUUGCAAACACUUUUAAUCUUGCCAGUGGAACAUUUGCUACACAACCUCAUGGUCACUUUUUGACAGUGUCAUCCACACCACUGCCGAGCUGUAUUUCUAAUUCUUCAAAUGAAGGUAAUAUAGUAGUAUCACAGAACCAAGCUGUUUCUUCAGUCUCACCAAGCUUUGCGUUAAUAUCUACCAUUCCAUCACAGCAUCAAAAUGAAAUGAGUACAGAAUGUGUGCAUGGAACUUCCAUGAACAAUGUGAUAUCGACGUGCAUCACGACACCGACCAUGCCGAAUUGUUACACUAUCCGUGCUUCACUUUUUCCACAACCAGUUCAAACAUAUCCUUCCGGAUUUCACCAUUCUCAAGCUUCUCCCUAUUUCACUGCCAUAGCAUGUUCUCCGGACGGCAUGAAUGCUAACCAAGCUGGCGCAUUUUUCGCUCCCAUGAUAACUCCCACCCAGUUACCCGCUAAUACAACUGUUUCAGGUACCGAUCUCCCUGCCAGCUUCCAUCCAGCACAAGCUAAUCUUCAGCCAGAAUUUGUAGCUACAGCUGAUGGUAUUUCUCCCACUAGUUUACUUACAGGCACCCCAACAUGUAUUUUUAUUACUCCGAAUCCGUGAGAUAAUUAGCUUCAUUUUUAUGCUUCAUUAGCUUCGACUUUUUUACUGUCUUGUAACUUUGUUCUACAUACAUAAAUAAUAUCUAUUCUCUUGCUGUUAAUGUGUCCUGUUGUUUACUAAAUCUGUGAUUUCGGUUCACAACUUUGAGUGUCUAUGUAGGGCUGUGUCACAUAUUUAUUUCGUUAUAUUUUUUGCAUGUUGAUUUACAGGAACAAGUGAAUACGUUUUUCCCUAACUUGACGAAUUGUUCACGUUUGAUGUGUAAACAAUUGUAAAUGAAGCUCAGAUAAAUUUUCUAUUGGUAAACAUAUGCUCUAACGUAUUGUUUAUGUGAAGCCAAAUAUCCAGUGUUUUUAUCUACCUGUCAGGUUUUUUGGUCCACAACGAAAUUUUCUGUACAAUUAGUUUUGUUUGUGUUUAUGCAUGCUUAUCUAAAACUAUUUCAUAUUUUAACUUGUAAAUGUUUUUUUUUGAACAACCUCACUUUUAUUGUUCAUGAAUUGUUUCUAUAUAGCAAUAAGUUGUUUUUCAUUCUUAAUUCUACAGAUAUUAUUUAAACUAGUAUUUUACGUGAGGAAGACUUAGUUUAUUAUCUCUUAUAGAAGCGCCCCUUGUAUUUCUUGAUAUAUGUACACCUACUCAACGUUUUACACCCUACUGUCCUGUCAAUGUUUUUUUAUUGUUACCAUUAUUCAUUUUGAGAAUACAAAAUGCUUUUUAAUUUCGAUAUAUAAUAUCAAGCACUUUAACGCAGUUUUCUUUUAAUCGUUUUACAGUAUUAUCUUAUAGUUCGGUAACGUAUUGUGUUUUGUGCCUAUAUACAUAACUGAUAUCAUGUGU